GGAACUUUCAAUGGAUCAAUCACCAUCCUGAAUAUGAUAAGCAGAACAUCUGCUCGACCAUGCUGAGGAACAUCUUAGUACUGAGAAGAUCAGCGAUCACACCCUAAAUGACAUGCCAGCAACUAGACUUUCAUCAUGAUACUCGCAUAUCCUUAAGUGUAUUUCACUUUUUUUUUUAAACCAGAACAGCACAGGAAGAAAACGGCGACUACAAAGACGCAAGGAUGCCUCAAACUGAUAGAGAGAGUGACAACAAAGUGGGUGGGAAAGAAGGUAAAGAACAGCCAACGCUAAAAGAAGAAUGUGAUGAAUCUCCUGUGUUCAACAAAACGCGUGAGGAACACCAUUCUUCUGAGAGAGCUGGUGAUGAAGAACGGAUGCAGUUUUUGCAGGCGGUGUUUCAGAAUUCUCAAGUCGGCCAGAUCAGACCUUCGGUUCUCCGCUCUACAGCUUUCCUGCUUCAGGCAAAUGAGAGCAAUCCAAUAGCCAUGAGCAGAAGAAAAGACACAGAUCACAAUGCAAAAAUUUCUGUCCAAGCUGUUGAAUCUAGUGUCAUCCAAUCAGAGAUGGAGAGUUUGACCUCUCUUUUUGUAAAUGGACAAUGCCGUUGGCCUGGCUGUGAUCUACUCUUUCCCGGGUAUUCACUUUUUCUGAGACACCUAAACAGAGACCACAACAAAGGAGAGAAAACAAUUGCCCAAUGGCGAGUUCAGCAAGACCUUGUGCGUCACAUGGAGAAUCAGCUCAUUCAAGAGAAGCAGAGACUUCACGCCAUGCAGAUCCACCUUCGACUGUUUGAGUGCCUCUCAACGCAUACUGUUGUAACUCCAGGCUGGUGGAGGCCACUUGCACUCAACAUUCCCCCAAGGGGUGAGGCAGAUGGCAGGACAGAAAGAGCUAAUGAAGCACCAGUACCACAGGACUACUGGCACAUACCCCCACCACACCUGCUGCCAGAGUUUGUUAGCAGUGUCGAAUACUACAAAUAUGCCAAUAUACGACCUCCAUAUACGUACGCUUUUUUAAUCAGAUGGUCAAUACUGGAAGCCCCAGAUAAACAGAGGACGCUUAAUGAGAUAUACAACUGGUUCACACGAAUGUUCUUUUACUUUCGUUAUAACGCUCCUACAUGGAAGAAUGCUGUACGGCACAAUCUCAGUCUUCAUAAAUGCUUUGUGCGGGUGGACGGGCGGACAGGGGCCGUUUGGACAGUGGAUGAGGAAGAGUUUCAGAAGAGAAAAGGGCAGAAGAUCAACAGGGAUUGCUCUUUAAAAUGGCCAACACCCUUCUUUCAUUCUCAAUCCAAUGAUGCCACAGAUUUAUAAGUGACAACACAGAUUCUCAGUGACCCCAAUUUCCUACUUUAGCAUUACCAGUUUAGAAAAAUUGGGGUAGUUUCCCGGACAGGGUUUAGAUUAAUCUAGGACUAGGCCUUAGUUAGGACAUUUAAGUAGUGGCAGCCGGUGACUUCUUUUUUCGAGGGCGCUUGAUGCGAAGUUCGUCACAACAUGUAUGUAGCCUGUCAUGUGUGUGGUUACUUUUUUCAAAAUAUGUGUUCUGCACAUAUGUGUGCAUCACGUGUCUUGUCAAAAUAAGUGCCUGCUACAGAUGCGUCUAAAGGGUUUAUAAUAAAAGAGACGCUCGCGAUUGCCAGAUACUCUUAUCAUCUCAUACGUAAUCAGAGUUUAUUGUUAAGGGAGUGUCUUGCAUGUAUUUUGUGAACUUGAGCGUCUCUUUUAUCAUAAACGGUUUUGAUGCAUGUGCAGCAGGCACUUAUUUUGAAAAAAACAAAAACACGUGAUGCACAUGGUUCGCAUGACGCAACAACACAUAUUUUGAAAAUGCAAGCAACACACAUGACACUCCGAACACUUAUUUUGAAUUAGCGCCCCUCGGAUGAGCAGUCACAAGCCGCCAUUGCAUUAAGUAUUUUUUACAAGCAAAAAACAAUACAAGUGUGCAUCUUUGUGUAUGAUAUAUGUUAGGAUAUGUCAAUGCAAGGUGUUUUUAAAUUAAGGCCGCUCAUGCAUUUUCGUCUGGGACUAGGAUAGACCCUCUCUGGGAAACCGCCCCCUAAACUUUUUAAAGGUGACGUUAAUUUUGCUUUAAAAAGAAUUACUGUGUUUAAAUAUCAAAUAUUUUGUGUCUAAUAAUCCUAAAAUAUCUAUUUCAUUCAGUGUCUUGCUUAUUGCUAAACAUUGCAUUCUAGCUAUUUAUGUAGACUGUAACGAUUUUAUUAUUAUUUUUUUUAAGUGAUUAUAAAUUACUUGAACGAAUGCUAAAAAAAAUAAAGUACUAUUUAAUAGCAAUGAUGUUCCUAUUUAAACCAGAAGAGGGCAUCUGUGUGUGUUAUUGUUCAUGGGUAUAUUUUUGGGUGUGGUAAUUCAGUAACAGUGCGUGCGAGGACAAAAAGCAUCACCGUUGCUAUAAGGGAGAAACAAAGACACUUGAUCACAUGAGCUUUUUUUACUGUAAGUUUUACAUUGUUUAGUUUGUAACUGACUCUUGAACACAUUGCACUGUUUAUUGAAUCCCACUUGCUCCACUAAUUACAUCAUCUUUUUGAUGAUUUUCCUUUUUGCUUCUUGUUCCCAAGAUGUGGACUCUUAUUUUGUUCAGCUUUUUACUUCAUCACCCUGUACAUGUGCUACAGUUGAGAGGUGGAGAGUCAAUAAAUCCUCUGUCUUGCUCCCCCAUGCGCAUUUCUGUUUUGUCCUCCAGUUUGAUGGGAACACAUCCAUCCCUCAUGAAAUCUGUGCUUUUGUGUCCUCUGCUGUCCCAGGCUUUUGUUCAGCUUCACAUAUCAAUGUCACUCUUACCCACAAUAGCAGUGAUUGUGGCACUGCAUCCUAGAGAGGAAAACAAAUAUUUUGGUUUUACACCAAUGAGGAAAUCUUUUUUUUUACAUUUUUGCUUAAAGCUGUGCUUUACUUUAUAGGUGCUCCUUGUCAGCAUUCACUUUCAUUUCACCUCCUUAAUCUCUCCUCUGUUGCAUCAUGACCAAUACCUGUAAUAAAAAUGACUUUUUGAAUAAACCAAUUGUUUUGAGUUGUAAUGCCCUUUAGUUUUGCAUAUGAGUUAUUGACAGAUUGCUCAAAUUUCCCAGCUGUUUUUGUGGGACACUUAACACCUGCUAAUCAUUUUAUUGGUUCAACAUUGUCCCGACAAAGCAUUUCAAAUACGCUCUCUUUCUGUUUUCAUGGCCUUGAGCCCUGCAGAUAUAUGGUAAAGAAUAAGCAGUUGACAGCCUCGGGGUAUAGAGAUAGCUGGACCCUAAUUACACUUGGAGGAUUUCCUCCAGACAACACAUCUCAUUAUAUCGACCUCUGGACAGCCUCAGAGAUUCUGACAGCUGCCUCUCUAUGUGUCAGGUGCUUAUUAUCUAUCUGCUCUUCCUCCCCUGUUGACUUUCUGAGCCAAACAGGUGUCUUAGCCCCUGUAUCCAGUGUGUUAUGACUGCUGUGUUUUCAUUACCUGAACCUGUCAUGCAGUGGAAAUAAAAGAUGGUAUGUCCUGUGUUUUACUGUUGGGGAAAUCAUUGCAUGGACGGCGUAGUUUCUUACAUUUUCCAAAGAAGACUCUCGAGUGCAAUCAUAGGUCUCUUACAUGAGUGUCAUAGAUGAGUGUGUCAUCGCAAGGAACUUGUUUGAAUAUUGAUUGCUUAAUAAUUUU